UGUAUCAAGAUUCUCGACAUAGCCCACUUAUACUCUGGUUCGGUUCGGACUCCUUGAAGGACUACAAGCUACAAGCGACAUCGAGUUUCCAGCUAGAGCUUUUGAUCAUAGCAUCCCCAAGACAUCUUGACCCUCUAUACUUCAAUUCACCCCCGGUGCAGCUGGCUCGUCACCGCGAUCAAAUACGCCGGACAUCAUGUUCGCGACAACACUCUUUUCGAACCGAGCCAUUGCCUUGUCGGCAUUCACCUUGCUGCAUGCGACUAACCAGGUCCAGGCAGCGAUCACGCUGUCCAUGUCGGAAACCAGGGUCUCUCGUGACCAAUCUGUCGUCCAGGGUCAAACGGAUGGAAUCGUCGCCAUGGCGGGAGCUCCUGUGGAUACCAAAGGCGCGGACGCCUUUUUCGCGCUCGACAAUGAUGGCACCGUCCUCACCGUAGACGUGGGCAUCGGCUUGGGAACUGGGGGGAGUACUUAUAAGAUGAUGAUAGACUCUGGAAGCCCGAACUUCUGGAUUGCCAGCCCUAGUUGUCAAGGUUGCAAGAUUGACGCUGCGAUUCCACGCUACACGGUUAAUACUACCACCACUUACGGAGAGACCCCUUACAACCGAGCCCACCUCGAGUAUGCUAUCGGAGAUGUCUCGGGAAGUUAUAAAACGGAGACGUUCAGUUUGGGCGAUCAUCGCGUGUCCAACGUCACCUUCGUAAGCGUGGACGAAGCACGUAUCUGGCCUUUCCCAUCCCCAGCGCAGGAUGUCGUUGGGAUUCUUCCCUUGGGUCACGGGAACCUGACAGUCAAAGAUGCCAGCGGCAUAGCGCUAGAGGUGCCAUCGCCCUUACAGGCCCUGUACCGAAAUGGCAGCAUCGACAGUCCCGUUUGUGGCAUAUUUCUCAGCCAAGAUAAGCCUCAACUGACUAUUGGGGGAGUCGACGAAUCGUUAACUUGGAACGAGGCUGGAAAGGUUAUUCUCCCUAGCGUGACAGACGUCUAUCAUUACGAGGUCCCGCUUGCCAAUGCGCUCGUGAUGGGGAACGCGACGGUAAAUUUCCCGAAUGAUACGGCGAUUUUUGACACCGGGAGUAGUCACAUCUUUGGUCCAUGGGAUGCUGUCGAAUCGAUCUACAAGAGCUUGCAAGGUAUCUUCUUCCACGACCUCGACAGCGAUGACAAGUCGUCCUACUACGCCUUGCCGUGUCAAGCGCCGGAGAAUUUCAGUUUUAGUUUCGGAUUCGGAGGCAAACAAUUUCCCGUGCCAUACGAAGCUUUGGUAGACUCGGGACGACCUGUUCAGCGCUAUGUGAAUGGACAGCUCGCCGCGACGCAACCAUUUGUAGGCUGGUGUCAUGGAAAUCUGCAAAACACCAGCAUGUUUGGAUGGACUUCCGAGUACGACAACAAGGAUCGACAUUGGUUGAUGGGCCUACCCUUUCUCAGAACCGUGUAUUCCAGUUGGAACUUUGAUAGCGGUGAAGUGAUAUUGUGGCCGCUCGAUGGGGCCACCUCUUCCGGUAGUAAGAUGGUCGAGUCAAAUGCGACCGCGACUGCGACAGCCACGAUCCAAGGCCCGCCGUUACCCGAGUCAACGAAUGGCACUGCUUCUUUCGUACAAACGCAAACUAUGGCCCAGGCCAACGCCUCGACCACUACUCAAGAUUAUGGGCUUGCUACUGGACAGGUGUCCUCGGCGACAUCCGCUCAAGGUGCUGAAUAUGGAGCUAAUACCACUGCUUACCCUGGCAACUACGUUGAACCCUCCAAUUAUGUGGCCUCAAGCGCAUGGAUCGGGACGGCGAGCGCACAGGGCACCCAGACGACUAUCAGCUCCUCGACGGACCGAACUGAUCCCUCAGUACUCGAACAAGGAAUGCCUUCAAUCGCAACGACGAACGCCGGUGAUCAGACAGUGGAGGCUUCGAACACAGCUAUAGUCGCAACCGUAACCACGGCCACCACAACCAAUUCUAUUUACAACGCGACUGCCGAUCGCAACGAUGCGCCAGUGGUUGCGCCGACUUCCACUGAGACGAGCGGCAGUAUCAAUACCGUGAAUACUAUGUAUAACACGAUCCAAGCGCCAAGCCGCAAGCGAAGAUGGCUGCGAUAACGUGAUGAUCCAUCCUGGUCCGGAGACGUCUAUCUACCAAAAAUAUCACCAUUGUACCCAUUUUCCAUCCCUUCCACCAAUCCAUUCCGUAUCUCGUCGAGUGCUCGUGUAAACAACAACAAUAAUGCGAUCAUGCCAUAUCCCUGAUCCA